AUGCUGACAGCUGAUCAGACCGGAACCCGCGAGGAGGCGCGGGAACAAUUUGCUCUUUGGCGCGAAAAAGCCAAGGAGCACCUCGCGGCGGAGAGAGCCGCCGAGAUCAAGAAGACCUUCGCCCUCAAGAAGAUGGCCGAUUGGCAUAAAAAGAGUGAGGAGCGAACGGGCACCGAUCUCGAUGCCGACAUCGGCAACGCCUUUGUCGAGCUCCUGGCCCAACAGGCCAAUGCCAAGGUCGAAAAGACCGAGGCUGUUGCGGUUGCCUCCCCCCUCCCCGGCCCCAUCUCCUCCGAGGAGAGGAGGUGA